AUGGAUGUUGUGCUGAACGUGGUCCUGACCGCUGCAGGGAUAGUCAUGUUGUGCUUUGGGGGACACUGGCUUGUCGGCGGCGGCAUAAGCGUGGCCAGGAGGUUCGGAAUAAGUCCCAUGGUGAUCGGCAUAACCAUAGUUGCCAUGGGAACGUCAACACCGGAGCUUGCCGCCAGCCUAGCUGCCGGGGACAACGGGGAAAUAAUCCUCGGCAACGUGGUCGGCAGCAACAUAGCGAACAUCGGGAUGGUGAUAGGCGUGGCCGCAAUUAUGGCUCCACUGAUAAUAAAGAAGGGAUCCUUGAGGAUAGAGAUCCCCGUCAUGAUCGGGUUCUCGGUUCUGCUGGUGGCGCUGUCGGUUGGCGGCGAGAUCUCCCAUCUGGAAGGCGCGGUUCUGGUCGUACUGCUGAUCGCCUUUACCGCUUACAUGUACCGGAGCUCAAGAAAGAAGGCAGCCAAGAUAGAGGGCACACCAGCAGACAAGACAGUGCCAAAGUCCGUGCUACUCAUCGGCGCGGGCGUUGCCCUUCUCGGGAUCGGGGCCAUACUUACGAUAGACAACGCAGAGGCGCUGGCGCAGAGCUUUGGUGUUUCGGAUCGGUACAUCGGCCUGACGGUCAUAGCCAUCGGCACGUCCCUGCCUGAGCUGAUCACCUCGGUAAUUGCCAUCAGGAGAGGGUAUACAGACAUCGGCAUCGGAAACAUCAUCGGAAGCAACAUCUACAACAUACUGAUGAUAGUCGGGAUAUCGGCUACGCUGUCUGGAAUCGUUGUGGCGCAGCAGGUCUUUGCUGACUAUGUGGUGAUGAUUGCGUUUAGCAUGGUGAUGCUUGUGGGACUGCGGAUGGGCAGGAUUGGCAAGACGGUGGGAAUCGGACUGCUUGCGGGGUACCUGAUCUACCAGUUUCUGACCGGCAUUGGUGCAGGAAUCGGCUAUGAGUGCUGCCCGCUCUAG